ACUACAUUGAAGAAAACCGAACCACGAAGGCGCGUACAUCUGGAAGAAGAGAGAUUAAGAGUCAUGGCUCGACAGAUGAAUGACAGUCAUCGCAGGUUCCUUCAGAUCAUGAUGACGAACAGCAUCAUUGAUGAACAAGAGGCAAAGGCCCUCUACAAGUACUGCUGUGAAAUACACAAGGUACAACACUUUUCGGACCGGCUGGCUGAAUUCAUUGUUACUAUUAACUCCAAGCUCCACCCCAUAUUCAUGGAGAUCAGAAAAGGGAUGUCUGAAGUCAAUGGUUUCCAGUACUACGCCUUGGUGAACAUGGUAGAGAAUGAUGUCACCAGGAUGUCAUCAGAUUAUGCUGAUAAUGAAUUGGAACUUUUCAAGAAAACGAUUGAGCUGAUUGUGGCCUCUGACUCUGGCACAGCAUCCUCCACUGAUAUCCUGAACAGCGCUGACACCUUGACAACUAAAAAGCUGAAGAAGAGUGAAACAGAGCAGCUAUUGAAUCGAUUUGUGAAGGAUAAAUGGCUCGAUGAGAAACGUGGUGAAUACUCCUUGUCUACCAGAUCGAUCAUAGAACUGGAGCCCUAUAUCCGUUUAACAUAUCAAGACCAGGUGAAAGUGUGCCACAUCUGUCACAGAAUUGCUUUCCAGAGCCAGAUUUGUGAGAAUUGUGGAAUAAAAAUACACAAUCCGUGUGUGGCCAAAUACUUCAAGGGACGAACAGAGCCACGGUGUCCACAGUGUGAUGACUUCUGGCCACAUGAAAUCCCCGAGAUCCUGCAGCUACGUUCUCAGCCCAGUCAGUGAGGAUGUUGGAAUUCAUUUGCUGAUGUUCUGUUUACCAACACCAAGGAGGUUACAUUGAUGUUGUUCAUUAGGGAACAGAAUUAAUCGAGCAAUGAAGCAAAACCUAUGAAUAGAUGCAAAUGCACUUUGGAAGAGAUUCAGAAACACUUUUGACCCUUGUUCUUCAUCUUCUUAAAUUGUUGUUUCUAUUAUUAUUGUUAUAAGGUUC